AUGCUGGUGGUGAGAACCAUCAAGUUAGAGCCAGAGAUCAGUGACUUCUACCCUGCUACACCUGAAGAAACAGGGUUAAGCCGCUCUCAUCGGUUGUCCCUACAAGAUCGUCAGGAAGGUGCACGCAUCUGUGAGGCAGUCAGCCGGGCCAUGGUUCAUGCAGCCCGCAAGCUGCAGGAGUAUUUGGAGUUCAAAGAUUCACUGAGCAACCUGAGCCCAGCUCCCAGCACCCUAAAUGAUAUCUUCCUCAUCCACUUCGUCCGCUUCUGCCAAAAGCAGGGCACAGAUAGGUGGUUGACCACCACCAAGAUGACCACAUAUCAGGCCUCACUUUUUGGGGCUGACUGGAUCUGGACCUUCUGGAGCAGACAGAUCCAGCUGCAACUGGCAGUACAGACCCUACGUCUGUCCUCCCUGGCCCCUGGAACCCCUGAGUCGAACUCUGGGCCCCACCACAACCAUGACCAGGAAGAUGAGGCCAUCAGGACUCGCUUCGAUCGGUUGGAGAAAUUCUGUCACAUGAUUCGCAAGGAUUGCCUGGGUCUGUUCCAUUUUGGGGCACCAGGGAAGCCAAAGGAUGUGCGAGGGGUGGUCCUGGACAGUGUGCAGGGUGAGGCACCCAAAGGAGAGGCCGUGGCAAAAUUCAUUCUGGAGACCAAGGCCAGUGUCCCCAUCCGAGAGCUGCUGGGUCACUGUCUGCAGGGCCGUGAGGAGCUGCGGGAGGUGGGUCAGACCUACAUCCAUCUCUGA